AUGUGACAGACACUUAACCUCAGACCCGAUAUAGCUCAACUUCCAACCCGAUAAAGCGCAUUCGAACUUUGUAUUGGGGGAGCGGGGUCAGUUCGCUCGAAGCAUAGACAUGUCGCUACGUCUCUGCUGUCUGCUGGUGUUUGUCUACCUUACAGCAGCCAAUUAUCAACCAAAUUGGGAAUCGUUAGACAGUAGACCCCUUCCCGAAUGGUUCGAUAAGAGUAAAAUCGGUAUAUUCCUUCACUGGGGAUUGUAUUCUGUACCUAGCUUUGGAUCCGAAUGGUUCUGGAUGUACUGGAGCGACAAGACACCCCAGUAUAUGGAGUUCAUGAGACAAAACUACAGACCUAACUUCACUUAUCAAGAUUUUGGCCCUAUGUUCACAACCGAAUUUUAUGAUCCGGAUCAUUGGGGCGAGAUAUUUAAUGCAUCAGGAGCCAGAUAUGUUGUCCUUACAAGUAAACAUCAUGAAGGAUUCACAAUGUGGCCUUCCAAAUUUUCCUGGAACUGGAAUGCCAUGGAUUUAGGUCCUAAUAGAGAUCUCUUAGGUGAUUUGGCUAAAGCCGUUCGUAAAUACAAACAUAUGCAUUUUGGAGUCUACCAUUCGUUGCUAGAUUGGUUUCAUCCACUUUAUCUGACGGACAAAAGUAACAAAUGGACUACUAGAUAUUUUGUUGACGUAAGUAGGUUCUUAUUAUUUAUACAUAUGAGGGUCGAUUGAUAAACAGGUUUCUGUUUAUGUAAAGUUAUUUAUU